AUGGCUACUGAAGGAGCCCCCGAGCAGAGCAACGCAGCUUCAGAUCAGGACACUGCCCAGCUAGUCAAAGAACACUCGCAUGCAUUCCAGAAUAGAUUGAACACGACUCAAACGGAUAGCCCGCCUAUUCCCGAAGCGGAAAAGUCCGAUAUAGACACCAACCAGCUGAAGGGGGAGGCAGGACUUGAGGCACCUAAGUCCGAUAUAGACAAUGACCAGCCCAAGCCCGCUCCAGAAGCCAAGCCGCAUGUGACAGAGCCCGCGGGAUCUACUCUCGGCAGUAUUCCUGUUGCCCGCAAGUCGCAAAUUCCAGUAGGGCCCAAAGGUGAAGUAGUGGCGGGCGAGAAGCGUGACAUCGAUUCAACUGAGACGCCCGCUCAGGCCCAAGCUGAGGAUGAGCAACGAAAGCCUGAACCAUCGGAUGAGCCUGGUACGAAGAAGCUGAAGACAGACGACAAGCCUGUCACAGAUUCCAAUGGCACCGCCGCUGCUCCCUCCAAAACAGAGAACGGAGGACAGAAGAAGGCUGCUCGGUCCAAGAAGGAGAAGAUCAAGGAUGUGGUGAACAAGGUCAUACCAGGAGGUGGCAUUGGGAGCCGGACUCGCAGUCGGACCAAGGGUGCUUGA